AUGUGCAACGUCCGAACCCUUACCUAUUCGUGCAGCCACACCAUCCCCUUCCGCCUCAGCACCUGCGCCGGCACCUUCACCUACCAAACCCGCAAAUCCCCCACGGGGACCCUCCCCUCCUGCCGCAGUUUCCCGCUCCUGACCUUCAUCUCCCCCCAACCCUGCGGAGCAUGCCUCAAAGCCGCGGCGGAGAAAGUUCUCGAAGAGAAAAUCGCCCGUCUCCGCCUCGAACACCUCUCCUCCGAGACUGAUGACUGGACGGCCGAACCCCCCGAAGCCCUCGUGCAAGCCGAAGCCGAGCUCGCGAGCGAGGUCUGGAGGCUGGAGGCCUUCUAUCCCGAGCAAGCGCGCUUCAAGAAGGAUCUGCGUCCGGAGAAAGGACGUGUUCCGACUCGAAGCGGGAGUUUACUGCGAAGGGAGGUGCGGGUUGAGGAUGUCGUUUUGAGAGCUCAGGGGAAUAUGACUGCGGCGACGGAGGAGUGGGAUUAUGAGUCCUGGAAGCUUGGGGGGUUUAGGGAUUUGGGCGAGGAGAUUGCGGAGGAUGAGCGGGAGAGGGUGGGGAGGGAGUUGCCUGGUUUUGGGGAUUGUGGGGUUGAUUGUCUCGAGGAAGAAGAGGGGGUUGAUGGGGAGGCGGUGGGAGAGGAGCAGCUGGACGGAGAGAUCGGCUCGGUUAUGGACUGGGGGGUUGCGACGUCUUGGGUGUUGUCGAGUGAGGGAGGGGAGUGGGAUGGUGGGGUUGUUGAUGGGAAAGUUGAGAGUGAGAGUCAGAGUGAGGAGACUGUUGUUCCAGGGAUGACGGAUGUUGGAUUGGUCGAAGGCCAACAACCUGAACAGGAAGUCGCACCAGUCGAGGCUACGUGCACUCUCAAAGAGAACAACUCAACAGAAUAUGCAAAAGCACCACACUGGCAAAGAGAACGGCCCAGCAUGUCGGGAACAUCACCAACGACGUCCACAACAGAUACCCGCGACCUCAAACUCGAAGAAACCGAUUCCUCAUCAAACGCAAAAGCACCACCCCGGCUUCGACAGCGACCCCAACAACAAAAAGCCAUGGAUGGCCACGAGCCCUUCAGGGCGUGCAGUCCCUUCUGGAUGGAGUUUGCCGUUUCGGUGUGA